AUGUCACAACUCACGCUGUUUACCGAUAGCCGGUUUCCUUGCCCUCAGAGACUCCAGCUGGUGAUUCUGGAGUUGGGCCUUGAAAUCACCGACGUUCAUCAAGUGGAUAUUAUGAAUCGCGAGCAUAAGAACAAAGAAUUUCUAGAACUCAACCCUUUCGGAGCUGUUCCUUGUCUCCAGGAUCGCUCGUUUGAUCCAGUCCUUGUUCUGACCGAGUCUCGGGCUAUUGCUCGUUAUCUUGCGAGUCGCUAUGCCCAACCAAGCAACAAGCUCAUUCCCGAUGAUGAAGUUGCAAAAGCAAAAUUCGAAGAAGCCGCAUCGAUUGAAUUGACCUCAUUCGACGCAGUGGCCAAUCCGCUUGUUUUCGAAGCCCAUUUCAAGCCAAUGUUUAUGAAACAAGAACCAAAAGAGCAGGUAGUUGAGGACCUGAAAGUACGCCUUGAGCGAAUGCUGGGACUUCUCGAUCGUAAGCUCAGCGACCGACCUUUCAUGGCCGGUGAGGCUAUUACUGUGGUUGACUUCUUUUAUGUCCCUUAUAUGUAUCACUUGAAAGCCAAUGUUUGGACAACUUGUCUAGAUGGCCGCCCAAACCUGCUUGCCUGGUGGAACCGCGUGGAGGGUCGAGAGUCUUACCAACAGUUGUAUGGUGAAGAAUAG